UUUGACACGGAUCGGACACCCAUAAUGGGCAGAUAUGCUGACUGGUGUCGGAUGACUCGGAAAAAUAAAAUGCAGACCAACUCACUACUUGGUGCAAUUGUAACGCUAAUGCUGGGCGGAGUCUACGUUGGAUCCAGUAUCUUCAAUAUCCACCUCCGGAUUCAAGGAUGGGCUAAACACCAGACCGAUGGCAUGAUUCUGUUGGUUGUCAAUCUGUUCUACAUUGGAGCUGUGGUUGGAUCAUUCCUGGGUGCAGCACUUGUCGAUCGCAUGGAAAAGCUUGCUUUAUCGAGAUUCUACUUCGUCGCUAUGGGCCUCGCUUGCAUUCUGCAGGUUAUUCUGCCGAAGAACAUCAUACUGGUUGGGUUUGCCCGUGGCUUAGCAGGCAUAAGUCAUGGGAUGGCGUACUUGAUCGUACUGCUUCAUGGUGGAGAAGUAUUGACGCGGGAACUCAGAGGUGUUACCAUAGCUGCAGUCAACUACAUCAUGUUCAUCGGGAUUCUCAGCCACGGAACCAUCAGCCCAAUUGUUCUGUCGAAUUAUUACGUUCAACCGGUACGAAUAUUCGGAAUUAUCGGAGUCCUAUCCAUUCUGAUGGCCGUCGCGAUUGGGCAGUUUAUGAGUAUUGAAUCGCCCAUAUUUUUAGUACGUAACAAUCGUGAUGCCGAGGCUAUUAGAACCUUGAUGAAGUUGCGUUCGGAAACAAUGGAGUCGUUUGACGUUCGUAACGCUUUUGCAGAGAUCAAGGACAUGCUUCGAGAAGAUUCCAACACAUCCUGUAAGGUACUAGCCGACGGAAACUGGUUUCCAUUGUUGUUGACAUGUGUCGGAAAGAUUGGCGCUGCAUUGUCGUUCAAUGCUGCCGUGAAUCGCGUUCGCCUUGCAAUCAUUGAUCAAGUCUUCUGCAUGAACAUGUACUGCUUUUCGGCAAUCGUCAUUAUUGCAAUUAGGUGCACAAUAGGAAUCAUAGCCGUCUUCACAGUAGACAAAUAUGGUCGGAAACCGCAGCAAGCGAUAUCUACGUUUUUGAGCGGUGCGAUCCUGACAUCCGUUGGAGUAGUCUAUCUGAUUACCGAAAAGAUUAACAGAACCGCUAUGGUUGUAGUACUGCUGAUCUACGAUGCGGUAGCCUGCAUCGGAGUCACACAGGUUCCAGAUGUGCAUCUCUCGGAAGCAUUCCCAACUACGAAGAAGAACUUGUCCAUUGCGUUAGUAUUGACGGUUGAAUGCGCCGCUCAAGUAAUGAUGCUUUCUAUCAGCUAUUGGUGGGACUAUUCCAAUCCCGAUAUCUACGGCCCAAUUUUACUCGCAUGUGGACUUCCAAUGAUAAUGAUUAGUAUUUUCCUGUAUCAAAUUCUACCGGAGACUGCGAAACUGAGCCUAAGAAAUUCGAGGGCAGCUUUUGCACGGAAUGAGGCGGUCUUCAAAGUGGAAUGCAGAUCCAACUGUAGCAGUAUUAGUGGCUAUGAUGUUCGAUGAAUUGUGAUACAGUUCGAUGAAUAAUACUAAAGACAUGUUAAAUUUUGCGCAGAAUUCGUUAGCGUUAUGCGUUGGAUGAUCUAUAUUUAAGUCUGGAUAAUGCAAGUCAUUGGACUUCAACGUAAAUUAAACUUCAAAACGCCUUUAAUGCUUUGUCUAGCGUCGCAUCUUCUAGUGAAUGUGCCAAUAGCUGUGAUGAAA